AAUCCCCCGAGUCCCCUCUCUCUCUCCUGUUUCUUCUCGCCUCAUCUUCAUCGUCGUCUUGAUCUCGGACGAUCUUGAUCGCAUUGCGUUGCUGCUGUCGGUGCUUGUGUAUACUUAUUAUUUUACUAUUAUUAUCGAAAUUAGACGAAUCUGCGCAAGAUCAGAUAGAAUUGGAUCGGUUUCUUGAGGAAUCUGAAUGUUGAAGGAGUGAAUGAGGGAUAAUUUUCAAUUUUUUGAUCCGUUGGAGAGGCAGAUGGGGAAAAAAUGCGGCUGAUUUGAUUUGAUUUGAUCUCUAUUAAACCCACAUUUGAGCAGAUCUGAUCCAGUUUCUUCUUCUCUUUAAUUUCAAGAUUUCAAUCUUUCUGAUCGAGGAGGCCCUGAAAUCAAAAUUCCUUUUUUUUUUCUCUUUUUUUUUGUCCUUUUUGGAUUGGUGGACUGCAGGAUUUCGAGAUUUGAAUGGAGAUGCAGCAAGAUCGGAGAAAAAAGAAUUCGCCGGAAAUGGAUUUCUUCACAUAUGGGGAUGCAAAUAGAUACAAAAUUCAGGAGGUUAUAGGUAAAGGAAGUUAUGGGUUAGUGUGUUCAGCAAUUGAUACACGCACUGGAGAAAAAGUCGCGAUCAAGAAGAUACACGAUAUCUUUGAGCACAUCUCCGAUGCGGCUCGGAUCCUCCGUGAGAUCAAGCUUCUCAGGCUUCUAAGGCACCCUGAUAUUGUAGAGAUUAAGCACAUUAUGCUUCCACCAUCAAGAAGGGAAUUCAAGGAUAUUUAUGUUGUUUUUGAGCUCAUGGAAUCAGAUCUGCAUCAAGUCAUCAAGGCUAACGAUGACCUGACAAAAGAACAUUACCAGUUUUUCCUUUAUCAACUUUUACGGGCUCUGAAAUAUAUCCACACAGCAAAUGUCUACCAUCGAGAUUUAAAGCCGAAGAACAUUCUAGCAAAUGCAAAUUGUAAGCUUAAGAUCUGCGACUUUGGAUUAGCAAGAGUUGCAUUCAAUGAUACUUCUACAACAAUAUUUUGGACGGAUUAUGUUGCAACCAGAUGGUAUAGAGCACCCGAGCUAUGUGGAUCAUUCUAUUCUAAGUACACCCCGGCUAUUGAUAUAUGGAGCAUAGGUUGCAUAUUUGCUGAGGUAUUAACUGGAAAGCCACUUUUUCCUGGUAAAAAUGUGGUUCACCAAUUGGAUUUAAUGACAGAUCUUCUUGGCACACCUUCUUUAGAUACCAUAUCUCGGGUCCGCAAUGAGAAGGCUAGAAGAUACUUGAGCAGCAUGAGGAAAAAGCAGCCUGUACCAUUUGCGCAAAAGUUUCCGAACACAGAUCCUCUAGCGCUGAAACUUUUGGAAAGACUUUUAGCAUUUGAUCCUAAGGACCGACCCACUGCUGAAGAGGCACUGGCUGAUCCAUAUUUUAAGGGCUUGGCUAAAGUGGAGAGAGAACCGUCUUGUCAACCCAUAACAAAAAUGGAGUUUGAGUUUGAAAGAAGAAGAGUGACUAAAGAGGACAUUCGAGAUCUUAUAUUCCGUGAAAUAUUGGAAUAUCAUCCUCAAUUGCUCAAGGACUACAUUAGUGGAGAUGAGGGGACAAACUUUCUUUAUCCUAGUGCUGUUGAUCAAUUUAGGAAGCAAUUCUCUCAUCUCGAGGAAAAUGGUGGUAAAAAUGGCCAAGUUACUCCAUUAGAAAGGAAGCAUGUUUCUCUUCCUAGAUCUACAGUGGUUCACUCUACGACGAUCGCUCCUAGGGAUCAGCAACCUAACCCAAGAGUUAUUGCGGAAAAACUUUCUGGCAAUAUCAUAAGAUCCUCUCAGGCUCCCCCUCAGAGAAUCCUUACAGUAGCUAAGCCCGGAAAAGUUGUUGGGCCGAUAAUGCCCUAUGAGAGUUUAGGUGUAAAGGAUUCCUAUGAUCCUAGAAGACUGAUACGGAGUAACACAGUGCUUUCACAGCCUUCAGGUGUUCCUCCGACUUACUGCUUUCAUAGGAGCAGUACAGCUGGCAACUUAGAGAGCACCUCAAAGAGCAGGGAAGGUGUCUUGGAGGCUGCAGAUAAGGGGAUGGACUAUAUGGGACAUCAUCAAAAACCAUGCCCUGGCAUAGCUAUGGACAUGAGAGGUUCAUCCUUGUUUCGUCACUAUUCAGCAGCUGGUGGAGAUGAGGCCAUCAUCAAAAGCAAACUUGAUCAGAGAAUAGCCAAUGAGGUCAGCAUGCUUCAGGCUACGAAGCCGCCUCCUUUCAGUGGUAGGAUUACAGCUCCUUCUGGUGCUCACCACCUAAAUAGCGGUACUGUUCAGUUUGGCAUGACAAGGAUGUAUUAGUUUUAGGCACGCAAAAGAGGAAGCAAUUCCAUCAUUCAAUUAAUCAACAACGGGGACAAGCAUCAUCCAUUGUACAGAUUACCUAAUUCAAUGGUUUAUGCUGUUAUUGGCAUCAUCAUGGAAGCCUUUCAUCCAUAUUGACAUGAAGGAGCUGGUCCCAUUUUUUCUUAUGAAUCCAUUUGCAUUGUGCAACAGAUGACCGUGAAACGUGCUGUAGAUUCUUCUGAAUCCUGCCUGAAUGUUGUCGAUCUUUACUGGUGGAAUUGCACACAAUAAGUUGAAGCUGAUGAAAAUUAAUGUCUAAUCAUAUUCCUGUCAUUUUAAGUCCUAUCCUGCCUUGCUAUCAUUUUGUAUGAUCAAAACUUGAACUGUUAAAUUGUUCAUAUACUUCUAGUGUACCUUGCUAAUUUUAUGGGUUCAUGCAAGUGUUUUGUUA